ACUUCCUCUCCAUUAAUUGGACUACUCUUUCUUUCCAUGUCCCUUUCCUCUUUCUCUCUCAUGAUGUUGCCCAUGAAAGCUGAUGCUGAUGGCAAUGGAUGCCGCACUUAAUUGCAUUACCAAUCCUCAUUCAUUUGCUGGGGCACUCUAAGUGUUUUCGUUGGACCAUCGAUUGAGAUAAAAGAGAUCAGUGAAGUGAGAAAAGGAGUGGAGAAGGUUAACAAGUUUUGCAAGCCCUGUAAAUUCAGUUCCUUUAUUCUUCAGGCCGAGAAGAUUAAGGAUAUCUGGAAAGCUUCUUGUUGCAGUCUCCGUUUAUCUUUUCUCCUCAAGAUUUCUUGUUUCCGUCGCCCAAGAUUUCCUCCUACUCCAGGGCUUCUCCCGUAAGAAAAAGAACAAAUUUUGUCAUCAUAUAUCAAAUUUGUUCUCUCCAAUCUAAUCCAUAUACUUGCGUUUUUUCUUCUCUUUUUGUUAUUGGUUUUUGGUCUUUGUAAUUUGCUCUCGAGGUCGGCAAGAUGGAGCCACCACCGGCAACGGCGGCAGCGGCGAAGAUGGGCCGUGGGAAGAUCGAGAUAAAGCGGAUUGAGAACACGACCAACAGGCAGGUCACCUUCUGCAAACGGCGAAAUGGCCUGCUCAAGAAGGCCUAUGAAUUGUCAGUCCUGUGUGACGCUGACGUUGCCCUCGUCGUCUUCUCCAGCCGCGGGCGCCUCUACGAGUACGCCACCAACAGUGUCAAAGCAACUAUCGAGAGGUACAAGAAAGCAUGUAAUGAGACCACCAACAAUGGAUUUGUUUCAGAAGCUAAUGCUCAGUAUUACCAGCAAGAAACAUCGAAACUACGACAACAAAUCAACAGCAUACUGAGCACAAACAGGAAUCUGAUGGGUGAGUCCCUUGAUUCCAUGAGCAUAAGGGACCUUAAGCAGCUGGAGAGUAGGUUGGAGAAAGGAAUCAUCAAAAUAAGAUCUAAAAAGAAUGACUUGCUGUUUGCUGAAAUUGAGUACAUGCAGAGAAGGGAGAUGGAACUGCAGAAUGACAAUAUGUUUUUAAGGAACAAGAUUGCUGAGAACGAGAGGGUGCACCAACAGAUGAAUAUGCUGCCAACGGCGGAAUACGAGAUGAUGCCUCCAUUUGAUUCAAGGAACUUCCUCGAGGUGCACUUAAUGCAGCCAAACCAACAUUACAGUCAGCAACAAAGGACAGCCCUUCAGCUGGGGUGAGAUGAAAGAAGAUGGAUUUGUGAUCACGCUUAAGGAAAGCACGUUUCGAAGGAUAAGCGUUUCCAACUUUUGUUGUACGUGCGUUGAAUAGCUCCUGUUUACUGUUAUUUAUACUGUCCUACGCAAUUAAGACUAAUUUAGUGCUUCAUGCUGCAAUAUGGUAUCGUUUAAUGCUGGAAAAACUCAUUUUCUGUCAUAUGUUUUUUCUGAAGGAAAAUUUCAGGUCAUAAACUAAUUAAUAUAUCUGUACCUGUAUUUGCUUUAAGUUACCUUGGAACAAA